AAGCCGCUACUUUUUCUAUCUCCAUUUGACGAGAGCUGAUCGAGGAGUUUUCAAAACGUACAUGCAUAUGUGUGGUUAUAUAUUUGAUGCGAAACAGCAGGGAUGGCCGUGGUAUUGGAGACGUCUCUUGGUGAUAUAACAAUCGAUUUGUUUACCGACGAAAGACCAAUAUGUUGCAAGAAUUUCUUGAAGCUGUGUAAAGUAAAAUAUUACAAUUUCUCACUCUUCCAUUCUGUGCAGAGAAAUUUAGUUGCCCAGACAGGAGAUCCCUCAGGAACUGGCAGGGGAGGAGAAUCUGUAAAUGGAUUGCUGUAUGGAGAACAGGCACGUUACUUUGACAUGGAGCUUGUACCCAGGAUGAAGCACAAGAAGGCUGGCACUGUUUCUAUGGUAAACAACGGUGGAAAUAUGCAUGGCUCCCAGUUCUUCCUGACCCUGGGCGAGGACCUAGAUUACCUGGACGGAAAGCAUACUGUGUUUGGGGAGGUGUCAGAAGGAAUGGAUGUACUGACCAAGAUCAAUGAAACUUACUGUGAUGAAGACCAUAGACCCUACCAGGAUAUCAGAAUUUACCACACUGUGGUCCUGGAUGACCCGUAUGAUGACCCUUCAGGAUUGGAUGUCCCUGACCGAUCACCAGAACCAACACAAGAACAGCUCAAAAGUUUGCGCAUUGGAGCGGAUGAGGACAUUGACGACUUUAAGGGUAUGGACGAGGACAAGGUAAAACAGAUCAUGGAGCGUAAAGAAGCCAGUGCUAAUGCCCAGCUGCUGGAGGUCAUCGGAGAUCUCCCAGACGCAGAUGUCAAACCACCAGACAAUGUCCUUUUUGUGUGUAAACUAAACCCAGUCACCACUGAGGAAGACCUUGAGAUCAUCUUCUCCAGAUUUGGGCCAGUAGAGAGUUGUGAAGUGAUAAAGGAUCAAAAGACAGGAGAAUCACUACAAUAUGCCUUUGUAGAGUUUGAGAAGGAGGACGACUGUGAACGUGCAUAUUUUAAGAUGGACAAUGUCCUCAUUGACGAUCGCCGUAUACAUGUGGACUUCAGUCAGUCGGUAGCUAAGGUGAAAUGGAAGGGCAAAGGUAAAGGAGUGGAGAAGAUUGCAGACAAAGAUGAUGAAAAAGGACCAGGCUAUGUGCUGAAGGACAGGAGUCGUAAACAGGACCCUAAAUAUGAUUUGGUAUUCGAAGAGGAUGAAGAUGAUACAGGCAGGAAAAGCAAAAAGAAGAAGAAACACAAACACAAAGAAGAGAGAAACUACAGUGAUGAUGAGGAUAAUAUGUCUAAAAAACAGAAAAAGCACAAGAAACAGCGCUAUGCGAGUAGAUCACGCUCCCGAAGUCCGAUGGAGAACAAACGAAGAGAAAACAGAUCUCGAUCACGAAGUCCAACAGAGAAUAAACGAAGAACACUUAAAUCUCCAGACAGAGGUAGAGGAGGUGACAGAUAUAGGGACAGACGUGACAGAUCGCCCCAAAGAGACAGACAUCGAGACAGGUCACCAGACAGACGUCGGAUCAGAUCACCAGACAGACAUCGGGAAAGACACUCUGACUCACGGUACAGAUCAGACAAACAUCGAAGAUGACCUUAGGCUGUGUGAUAUAUAUUGAGAAAUUUCUGACGUCACUGGCAAUGUUAUAUUGCCGGUAGUGAUUCUGGGCACUGGAUGUCUAGAGCGAUAUAGCACAGUCUGGAGGUUAAAUGCUGAUCAAGGGGAAAGAAAAAACCUACAAUGACUGGCCUGGCCUCGAUUAAAGUGCCUACUGUUGAUAUAGAAACAUGGAUUUUUACACUUUUAAAAACUUUUGCUAAAUCUAAAAUUGAUUUCUGAAAAAAAACUACACUUGCACUUUGAUAACUCUUAAUUUCUCAAAAAAAACAAAACAAACAAAAACAACAACAACAACAACAACAAAAAAAAAAACUGAUCAUUGCAAAGAUAACUUGUAAAUGCAAAUUAUUUCUUAUAGUGAUUACAUUAAUUUUGGAAUCUACAAUUUUUAUCUAUUUAUAGUUAGUACUGUUACCAGGUGUUUUCUUCAUUUCUUCAGGAUCACAAGUGUUUUAUCAACACUGCUUCAGAUAUCAGCAAAGGACAGGAUUAUAAAUGUUGCAGAAAAUAGCCAUGUUUUUCAAAUAAAACUUUUUGAAUGACUUUCCUUUGGAAAUUGUUGUUCUUGAAAAUGGUUUUGACAAACAGCACAACAUUCAAUAAUCAAUCAGCCAUGAUUCGAAAUUAUGAGAUAAUUUGUUAUGAUAUAGAUCAAAAAUAGACAAUUCUCAGUUUGUUAAAAAGGAUUUUUAUUUUAUCACAGACAGACGAUAACAAAUGUGUACAAAACAUCUUACAUUUGUAGCACUUGUUAACAAUAAAUAUAUAAAACUCCAUAAUUGUAUUAAAUAUUGAUAAUAGUUUUAAAUAAAAUUGUACUGGAUAAUUCACUAGAUAUUAAUGUCUUUUAUUGUUUGUUGACAUAAUUUAGAGUGUAAAUGAAAUAAGUUUCUUACAAAAUACACAAUUUUUGAUCAAAUUCAAGGAGAUCAAAACUCACCUGUUUCAUCUGCUUUCUGGACACUUAUGCACCCUGUGUAUUUUGUUUCAUAUGAUCUUAACAUUGUAAAGUACUUGAAAAUAUUAUAUCAUGUGAAGCAUUAAGAGUUGUUUUACAAAUUAGACCGUGCACUUUAUAAAUGUUGCAUAUGAUUAAUAUUACAGGAAUCUUAUAGAUAAAUUAUUUAUAAUUAUGUAACCUUUUGUAGCAUAUAGAGAAAAAUUAUAUUUUGCACAGUUCAGAUCAAAAACAUGUAUAUAUAGAGUGAAAUAUUAAUAAUAAAUUUCUGUGUAGUACAAAUGAACACAAGAUAACAUGUAAAAAGUCAGGUGGUCAUAAUUAGGUCAAACUUUACAUCAGGAGCGAGUUUGAUCAGCAGGUAUGACUUUGGUUUAAUGAUUAAAUAAAGAUGGUCUCUUAGGUAACAUGUACAUGCACAUUUGUACAGAAACAAGUAUAAAUGCACACCCACCCAGCAGUCUGACCAGAACAACUGGAUGUCAUUUGUGAAUGCUUUUUCGUAGUGAUUGUUUUUUGUUUAUUUGUAUAUUAGAAGGAACAGUCUGGUAAAUGGUUGAUUAUCAAACUUGAAUGUAUGUUGGAAAUUCGUGCCAAAGUCCCUGUGGCUUUAAGAGACAUAAAAAGGUGGACUUUUUACAAUAAACUAUUACCAUGGGUGUAUAAAAGAUGAUGUAUUACUUAAACUACUGAUUAUCUCCCCUUAAAUUGAAAGAUUGUCUCCCUUUAAUAUUAAAAUUCCGUCCAUAGAUAUUUUUAUAGGGCCGUUAUUACUAAGUCAAUUCACAUAAAUGUGUAUUUAACAAAUACCAAGUCCUAUAUGUCAUGAAUUUUACAUCAUAAUUAAACAUGACUGAAGGGUAUUUACCCUGCUCACUGUCUAAUCCGACAGCCUGUGGGAUUGACCAGGCUUACCUGUCUAAUCUGACAUAAUCAAGAUACAAAGUAAUGAUCAGUUUAGACAGGAUUUUCAAAAGAAAUGAAACAUAUUUGGUGACAGGAUGUUUGAAUAGUUAAGACUUGGAAGACGGAUUCACAUAUAAAUGCAAUUGUGCCGUCCUAUCAUGGCCUUCCUGAGAGAAAAUGCAGUUCUGAGAUGGACACAACACAACUAUGUGAAAAAUCAGAAUGGUUAUAAUCACUUUUUCAUCUAUUUCAUCAUGGUUGGAUUACACAACUAUGUAAAUAUUAUAUAGCCAAUAUCACAUAUACAUGUAUUACAGUACAUCAUCCUAGCUUUUCCAGGGGUUAUGUUCUCAUACACUCUCUAGAUCAAUGUUGUAUUAACCUCUGGAAUAUCAUAUAACAUAAAUCUCAGCAAGCGUCAUAUUCCUUGAUAAAAUCCUGUAUUAAAAGCUAACAAAAUCUAUAAUUUGAUAUGUUAAGAGCAUAAACCAUUUACCGUUUAUUAAACAACAGAUUCAAUUUAUCACAAAUUUCAUAUUCAUGAGAUGAUAAA